CUCAUAUUAUUUCUCUCUUUAAUAAACCUCCAAUGGCUUCUAUGGAUUCCCUCAGUGUCACCAACCUUCAAGCUGCCCUAAGCGUGACAGAAGAAACAGUUAACCCAGAAGCUGUGGACAAAAGCAGCUUUAAAGAUGAAAAGCAGAUAACUUCAGGCACAAGAAAGAAAACCCUUAUCAAGAAGAGAAAAGGAGGGUGGAAAUAUGCAACCCUUUUGCUUGCUAAUCAAGGCUUGGCAACUCUAGCCUUCUUUGGUGUUGGUGUCAACUUGGUCCUGUUCUUAACUAGAGUUCUUGGUCAAGAUAAUGCUGAUGCUGCAAAUAAUGUCAGCAAGUGGACUGGAACUGUUUAUAUGUGCUCCCUUAUUGGUGCAUUUUUAAGCGAUUCUUAUUGGGGUCGUUACUUGACUUGUGCAAUCUUUCAGAUCAUAUUUGUUUUGGGUCUUGCUCUACUAUCGGCAUCCUCUUUCUUCUUGAUCAGGCCACAGGAUUGUGGUGACGGUGAGCUUGCUUGCGUGCCGGUUUCAUCAAUCUAUGCUGGUGUUUUCUAUUUUUCAAUAUAUUUGGUAGCUUUUGGAUAUGGUGGACAUCAACCCACAGUAGCCACUUUUGGAGCUGACCAAUUUGAUGAAUCAAACCCUAAAGAAAAGGAAUCAAAAGCUGCUUUCUUUUGCUACUUCUAUUUUGCACUAAAUGUUGGCUCUCUAUUUUCAAACACCAUCUUGGUGUAUUAUGAAGAUUCAGGGAAAUGGACUCUUGGGUUCUUUGCUUCCUUGGCUUCUGCAGUCAUAGCUCUUGUCUCAUACUUGAUGGGGAGCCCCGGUUACCGGUAUCUCAAGGCGUGUGGCAAUCCGUUGCCACGUGUCGCUCAGGUGUUCCUUGCCGCAGCGAGGAAAUGGCACGUCCCUCCUGCUAAUCCUAAUGAAUUGUAUGAACUUGCAGGACCCGAUUCUGCCAUCAAAGGCAGUAGAAAGAUUCUUCACAGUGAAGACUUAGAGUUUUUGGACAAGGCAGCAACAAUGACAGAGAAUGAUCUCCAAGAACCAAAUGAUCCAUGGAGACUUUGCACUGUAACUCAAGUUGAAGAAGCCAAAUGUGUCCUCAAAAUGUUACCCAUUUGGCUCUGCACCAUUAUUUACUCAGUAGUUUUUACCCAAAUGGCCUCCCUCUUUGUUGAACAAGGAGAUGUAAUGAACUCCAACAUCGGAACCUUUCACCUCCCGGCUGCAAGCAUGUCCGCCUUCGAUAUCUGCAGUGUCCUCAUCUCCACCGGAAUCUACCGCCACAUCCUCUCCCCUGUCGCUGGAAAACUCUGCGGAAACCCUCGAGGACUCUCCGAGCUUCAAAGAAUGGGAAUCGGACUCAUCAUUGGAAUGUUCGCGAUGCUUGCAGCCGGCCUUACAGAAAUUCAAAGGCUCAAAUAUGUGACUCCUGGAGAAAAGACAAGUUCUUUGAGCAUUUUCUGGCAAAUUCCUCAGUAUGCUCUUGUUGGUGCAUCUGAAGUUUUCAUGUAUGUAGGACAGUUGGAAUUCUUCAAUGGACAAGCCCCGGAUGGGAUCAAAUCCUUCGGGAGUUCUCUGUGCAUGGCAUCGAUUUCGCUUGGAAAUUAUGUCAGCAGCUUGCUGGUCAACAUGGUGAUGGGGAUCACGGCCAGGGGCAGCAACCCCGGGUGGAUUCCGGAUGACUUGAACACAGGCCAUAUGGAUAGAUUUUACUUCCUCAUUGCGGCGCUUACGGCUGUUGAUUUUGUGAUUUACUUGUAUUGUGCUAAGUGGUACAACUGCAUCAAUCUUGAAGGGGAUGAGAAGGAAUUGAUUGAGUUGGAGGAAGCUCAAGAAGAUGAUGUGAUCAGAAAAGUUUAGAAUGAUAUUAAUCUUUUGCUUUUAAGUGUUGUUUACUUGUUUGAUUACUUAGUUUUGAUUGUUUUAGUCGUUUUUAGAAGUAGUGGUUUAUAAUAAAAGCUUUAGAAUAUGAUCGAUGUUCACUCGAUCGAGAAAGCUUGACCUCUUGUUAGCCAGAGUUGAAGUUCAGACUUCAGAGAAAUAAUACUUGUAAGGGAUGAUUGCUUUCUUGAAAUGAAGUUUUCA